GUCAAAUGAUUAAAUUCGCACAAAAAAUCGUAAACAUUGAAAUGUGAAAUGUGUUUAUUAUAGUCUAAUAAAUAGAAACUAAAAAGAAAAGGGCAUUAAAAAAAUUACGAGUGAAGUGGUAACCUAAAAACGUAAAAGAAUGCGGUUGCGUUAUGUAACUUGACCCGUAUUACUGUAUAAAAACUAAGUGCAAUGAAGCCGGUGUGUUCCGUUAUCUCUAAAAGUGCUAGAAACCCAAAAUUUUUCCUCGUUUGUCGUCCUAUACGUCAUAUCAAAUAAAUAUAUCAGCAGUGUGAUCGUGUGUUGUACUGAGGACAGACAUUGCGUGCACUAGCGAGGCACGGAUACAAAGGUCAACUUCACAGAAAAUUCACAAUGACCGUACAAAAGAUACUGAAAGCACUAAUUUUGGGUGCUCCGGCGUCCGGAAAGGGCACUAUUUCAUCGAGGAUCGUUAAAAGGUACAACAUUGAACAUGUAUCCAGUGGUGAUAAAUUGCGGGACCAUAUUCAAAAACAAACUGAACUAGGCAAAGAAGUUAAAAGCUACCUCAGUCAAGGCAAACUGGUACCCGAUGACGUAAUGAUAAAAUUUAUGGUGUCAGAAUUGAAAAAAGUACAAGACAAGUCAUGGCUUCUAGAUGGUUUUCCGAGAACUGUUGCACAAGCACAAGCUAUCUGGAAAGUUGAGCCCGUCAAUAUAGUUCUGAAUCUGAAUGUACCUUUUGAAGUAAUCAUUGAUAGGGUAAAGAAUCGUUGGGUUCAUUUACCAUCGGGAAGAGUUUAUAACAUCGGUUUCAACACACCUAAGGUGAUGGGUAAGGAUGACGUUACUGGAGAAAAUCUGACUCAAAGACCCGACGAUAAGCCUGAAGUAGUUCAGAAAAGAUUGGAAAUCUACGAGAGUAUCACCAGACCGGUGAUAGAUUUCUACAAGGAGAAAGGUAUUCUUACACAUUUUGAGGGUCGCACCUCAGAUGAAAUAUGGCCUAAAGUUAUUGCACAUUUAGACCCAAUUUUUGAAAAGAAGUAGGGAAAUCUGUUUUUUUAAUAUGCACAAAGAAUUUAUGACAAGGAAAAUAACAAAAGCUGUUAUUUUAAGAAAGAUAUAGGCUAUCUUUGAAUAUGCCAUCAAGCAUGAUAGUAGUGUAGAAAUGGUGUUAUAUUGUGUUUAAAAAUUAUUAUUCUAAAGAUUAAAUC